AUGCGUCUUUUCUCUCCUGUCCUACUGGCGCUUUCACUGCCAUCGAUAUACGCUCAGAGCUCCACAUCCACAUCAUCCACUUCGCCAUCAGCAUCUCGAUCGUCACUAAACUCCUCUUCAUCAACCACAUCACGUAGCAAUUCAUCGUCAUCUUCUCAUUCUGCUACACCCACAUUGAACAUUACGACAUUUACAACGACACUUACGACUUAUCCUACCACUACAACAUUGUCUGAAUCAUUUCAGCCGGCUACAACAUUAACACUAUCAUUCACACUCAAUACAUCAGAUUAUAGUUCUGUCAAUCAAAGUAUAUGGCAAGGAGAUUAUACGAAUGGUACUACCCCUUUUAAUGGGACUGAUAAACCAUGGGAAGAAGGUGAUGGUUUUUUACCUUUUAAAAUCAAGAUCGAUCCUGCUUUUGGUGUAUUAGGUGGUUUAUUGAUCAUAAGUGGGAUACCAGUGGCUGUGUUGGGAGGGAAAAAUAGAUGGUCGUCAAAUGCCAUUUCGACAGGAUACGCUUUGAUGUUAUUCACAUUAGUCAUGGUAUUGAGAUUUGGUGUCGAACCAAACUUGCAGCCACCAUCACCUAAUCCACCUUCGACAACUUUACGUGGAUUAUACUUAUUAGCUUGUAUAAUAGCCAGUUUCUUCGGUGCAGCAGCAGGCAUCUUCUUAUAUUCCUUUGCUAAAUAUUGGGUCUCAGCAAUUGGUGGAUUCACUUUCGGUUGGUUCUUAUUAGCCACCAGGCAAGGUGGUUUGAUAGAUUCUGUACUCGGAAGAUGGGGUCUAUUAGGUGCUUUGACUGUCGGUGGAUUGAUAUCAAGUUUACCAAAACAGACCAAUGAAUGGAUGAUGUUGAUUUCAACGUCUUGGAUCGGUGCUACUGCUUUUACCUUAGGUGUGGAUUGUUACACUCGUGCUGGUCUGAAAGAGUUCUACAUGUACAAUCUCGGCUUUCAUGAUUUGUUCCCAAAAUUAUACGGAUUCAAAUACCCUCUUACACAAACGAUGAUGAUCGAGCUUGGUCUCUUAGCUGCUAUGGUUGUUAUCGGUGCAGCCAUCCAAUUCCGAGUUCUGGGCAUGCUCACCAAGCGACUUAAUAAGAUGCGAGAGGAAGAAGAAGAACGUAUCGAAGCUGAAGAAAUUGAGAAAGCUGCUGAACGUUUCAAGAAUGUCGGUGCCGAGCUCAACGAAUGGGAAGAGAAACACGGUGCAUCUAGUUCUGCUUCAGGGCCUGGAUCAAGUGGUCCAACAGAUCCUUAUGGAAGUCUAAACGGAUCAGCAUUGAGAGCUACGAGAGAAUCAGUUCUUUUACCUCAAUUAGGCUUCGAAUUUGAUCGUGAACGAGAUCGUGAUUAUAAUUAUGGUCGACCAUCAAGUACACUCAGUUUGUUGAGAGAUCCCGAAAUGAGAAAUAAUGGCAAUGGUAAUGGUAGUUAUGAGCCGUUAUCUAUAAAGUCACCCACCUUGAACAUUCCCGACACACCUCAAAGUAUGUUUAUAGGUUUAGAAGAACUUAAACCCGCCGAACCAAUACCUUCUUCACCUACAGGAUCAGGAUCUGACUCUGAAUUAGAACAGAAAAUGCGCCUAUUAGCAGAAAUCAAAAAAGCAAGAGAAGACGUUAAAGGUUCUUUAGAUAAGCUACGAUCAUCAACUCCAUCAGGUUCAGUCUCAAUUGAAAGUGACUAUUUGCUUGGAUCGGGAAGAAACACUACUCCGACACCUACACUUGGUGUCACAGGCACAAGUGAUAGAAGGGAAAGACAUACAUCGACUGCAAGUAGUAGGAUUUUAGAUUAUUCAUAUCCAGCUUCCAAGUCUGAUAAUUCAGGUGAAAGACGUGAUAGACAUUUAUCAACUACAAGCAGUGGAAUAUUGGAUUAUCCAAUGUCUACCACUGGUGUUCAUCACUCUACAUCUACGUCACCACCAACACCGCCACCGCAAUCAGAUUGGGAUCGAUAUUUAUCAGAAAGGAAAGUGAUCAGUCCAACUUCAAAUACACAGACGCCUGAAACGUAUCAAUCUAUGCAAACUCCUCAAAAUGGUACUAACCCGAGAGAUUACCCUCAGAGAUCUUCUACCUAUACUUCUGGUCCAUUAACUUUGGAUAUGGAUGUUAGGAGAGAAAGGACUACAAGUAUGUUGGAACCUAGAGUAUCAGAUUUCGGAUCAGGACCAGGACCAGGACCGAGAGAUUCAUCUCGUUUGAACGGAACUUAUCCAUUUGAUAGACCGACUGGAAACAUGUCAAGGACAAGAAGUGAGGGAUUAGAUAGAAUUGGAGAUGGAGAUAGACCAAAAACCUAUCAUGAUUACCUUGGAGGAAAUAAUGGUAAUUUAGGUACUCCAAUGAUCAUCGGUUCUGCGGCAAACGCAAGAGCUGAUAAGCAGAAUCAACGGACCAGACCAGCUAAUAGUGGAAGAACAGCAAUGACAUAUGACGAAUUAGCUGAAAGACAUCGUAAAAGGUUAUCGAAAUUACAAGAUCCAGUCACUAGUAAGAUGAAAGAAGAGAUUGAGAUUGAGAACGCGAGGAAACGGUGGGAAAAACAGAAACAAUUGGAAAAACAAGGGAUGAAACGAAAAGAAAGAGAAAGGUUUUAUAGAGAGCAAGAACAACAAGCUGGCGGAGGUGGCCUAGAAGGUCCUGCUGCUGGAGGAGCUGGACCAGGUGUAGAAGGAAAUAAGGGAAAAGCAAGAGAACAAGGUAUAAACAAAGCUGAAGAAUGGAGAAAAAGUGUCAUACUCUCUCCGCCUACAAUUUCCACCCAAGCCCCAACGAAUGAUAAAGCCAGAGAGCAGAAGAAGAUUGAUCAGAAGAAAAGGGCAAGUAGAUCAUUCGCUUCUUAG